AUGGUACUACAGUAUGAUGAGAGCGUUCGCAACCUGCUGUAUCGGAGAUCAUGCCAAUACACGCAGGGCGAGCGCUCUGGAGGCCACGUCGAGGAGGCCGCCGACCUCGUCGAGAGGGUGAAGAGCUUCGCGAAGCGGUAUCCUGGUAGUAGGACAGCUCAGGCUUGCAGAGCUGAGGGGGGAUGCACUCCCGACGCUAUCGCUGAAGCCAUCCGCUCGACAUGUCGGCAGGCGAGACGCGACCUGUUUGAAGACUCUCUGAGUGAAUGGAGCUCAGAGUCGAGAGCAUGGUUUAUUCAACAGAUGGAGGAGGCCAAGAAGCAGAAUGUCGAGACAUACAUCGGCACCGAAGGCACCGAGGGGACCUCCUUCAUCUCCAUGACUCUCCUAGGGAUUUCCUCGAUGUAUGUUCGACAAGAAGAAAAGUUGAAAACGAAGCUUAUGGAGCUAGGUCUCAUGGUAGACUCAGUCGAUGGAGUCGACAAGGCCAUCAUGUGGAAAGCACCUUACAGACCUGAGAUAGCACGAGCAGACGACAUCUCAGUCACCGUCUCCUUCCUUCGGAAUGAAGCAGCCAUGGAGCUAUGGGAAGGCAGGAAAGAAUACUGCAUAGAAGGGAGAGACCGGUCGUUCAAGCUUCGAGCCAAGCGAGGACCUUGGGGCAAGGGAGGGAGCCUUGCCGAGCUAUCGCAGCUCUUAGCUCUCGGAGGAAUGUCGACGGCUGAGAUCGCUCAGAUUUAUCGAUUUCAGCUGCUCUCGCAAUCUCUUGCAGCCGCAGAGGUACAACCACUUGCAGGCAUGCUCUUGCAGGGUCCUGGGCAGAGAGGUCGCAAGGGGCCGAGCCCGAAGACAGUGGGUGCUCAGCUCGCCUUCGACGGCAAGCUGCGAGCAGACCUUGGCCUCGUUCAGAGAGAGCGAGGCGAUGGAGGGGGUGCAUCUCACUCUCAUCAGCGACGACGGCCCAAGCUCAGAGAGACGUUUGCAGUCGAGCUCACAGCCGACACCUUCGUGCCGAGGGGAAAGAUCGCUAAGCAGAGGAAGGUACUUCGCGACAGGGACCAAGCUAGGCACAGCAGCUUUAGAGUACAGAUCAAGUCGAGGUCAAGCAUGAGCACAGGCCGCUUCUCGAGGAAGGAGAUGGAAGCGCUGUGCGGAGGAGGUAACACAUCGAUCACGAGAGUCAAGCGAGCCAUGUUGGAGUUAGCAAGAAGAAUGAACCUCAAGCUGGUCAGCGUCGAGGCCGAGGAGGAUCGUGACACGCUCAGCUGGGAUGGGAGCCUGAUAGCUCUCUCCCUGGCGACCAAGGCAGAGGCUCGACGCUUGAUGGAAGACAUGCCCUUCUACUUGGAAGGGAUCCUGGAAGUCAAGCUGGAAGCUAUGGGUUUUAAGCUCAACCCUCAGCAUGAGGAGGAGAGGAGCCCGAGCAGCGAGGAGCAAGCCCAAGAGCCCCAAGGGCAGCAGCAAGGCGCUGGAUGGCUGGAGCUCAGCGACAUCGACAGGAUUACUAUGGAAGCAGCGUCGCCGUCAGGGCCAGUCGAUCAACAGGUCUUGCUCGACCUCUCGACGAUGCUCUUGGAGACAUCAGAGGAGGAGCUGCUAGCUGGCAAGCCGAUCUCGCUGGAGCUAGACAAGAGUGUUGGCAAGCUGCAUGACACCUUCUGCUCGCCGGGCAACGUGGAGUUCAUGACGCUCGGAGCUUGGGCAGCCACGCCGACGCUGGGAUCGAAGCGAAACAUGAUGAAAGAAAAGCUCAGAGCGUACCUCGGCGAGCAGCGCUGGACACGGGUGCAAGGGAACAAGGCAGCGAGGAGGGGCAGCGCCUUCUCUCCAAGGGCAGCAGCGACUGAUGCGCUCGAGCAGGAGGCUGAGAGCGAUGACAUCGAGAGUCGAUCUGUAAGCCUCUUGUUUCUUGCGAUCAGUAAAUUUGCUGAGCACCAUGGGUUGAGCUGCACGGGCAAGGUCGACAAGCAAGACCGGCUGCGGCUGAUGAUGAGGGAGGAAGUCGACAUGGAGGCGGAGGAGGGCGAGGGCGUGGAGGAGGAGGCCGGUGCAGGCCCCUCGCGCGCUUGA